AUGAGCGACACCAUUAGCCGAGGAAAGUCUAAUGCUCUUGAGACACUCAAAGCUCCCCUCUCAGAGCAAGAGACUAUAGUGCUUUCGGCGGCUCCCUCUCCGCAUGAUGACGGCUACGCAACCCCAACUGGAGAGGAACUGGAGUCUCUUCGUCGUGUCGCUGGAAGUGUUAAAUGGACUGCAUAUACCAUCGCCUUUGUUGAGCUGUGCGAACGGUUCUCCUACUAUGGAACCACUGCUGUUUUUGUCAACUUUAUCCAACAGCCUCUUCCACCCAACUCAAGUACUGGUGCCGGCCAUGCAGGACAGUCUGGAGCUCUAGGCAUGGGCCAGAGAGUCUCCACAGGCCUAACUACUCUCAAUGUUUUCUGGUGUUACGUGACUCCUAUUAUUGGUGCCUGGGUGGCCGACGAGUUCUGGGGCCGCCUGAAGACGAUUCAAGUUGCCAUCGCCUUUGCCAUGGUUGGACACAUUGUGUUGAUCAUCGCAUCUCUUCCCCAGGUGAUUGUGCAUCCCAACGGUGCGUUAGGUUGCUUCAUAGUGGGUCUAGUACUCUUCGGAAUUGGUGUGGGAGGUUUCAAGUACAGGCUGACCUUUCUGAUUCACAAAGAAACCAGACACUACAUCAAAAGACUUCCAAAAACCGGAGAACGUGUCAUCGUGGACCCGGCUCAGACGAUCACCCGGAUCUUCCUGUAUUUCUACUUCAUGAUCAACGUUGGCUCCUUGCUUGGACAGAUUGUCAUGGUGUAUGCAGAGAAAUAUGUUGGAUUUUGGCUCUCCUUCGUCCUUCCCACCAUCAUGUUCGCCCUCUGUCCACUGGUGCUUUAUGUCUGCCGCAAGAAUUAUGAGGUCACUCCCCCAACUGGUUCAGUGGUGGGAAGGGCGUUCAAGCUCUGGGCAUUCGCGCUCAAGGGCAGGUGUGACUUCUGGGAGAACGUGAAGCCCAGCAACGUUCAGAGAAAACCAGUGUGGAUGACCUUCGACGACAAAUGGGUAGACGAGGUGCGCAGAGCUCUCAAAGCAUGCGCCGUCUUCCUCUGGUACCCCCUGUACUGGCUGGCCUACGGACAAAUGACCAACAAUCUCACCUCUCAGGCGGCCACCAUGGAGCUUCACGGUGUCCCAAACGACAUCAUCAUGAACCUGAAUCCGGUGACCCUCAUUAUCUUCAUACCUAUCAUGGACCAGGUUGUCUACCCUGGAAUCCAGAGACUAGGCGUCCAGUUUACCCCUCUGAAGCGAAUGUACGCGGGGUACAUGCUCGCCGCUAUAUCCAUGGUAUCUGCCGCCGUGAUACAGCACUAUAUCUACCAAACGGGUAAAUGUGGCAAGUAUCCGGGCGAGAAGAGCUGCAAGACUCCUGCGCCUAUCAAUGUCUGGGUGCAAGCUGUGCCGUACGUCUUGAUUGCUUUUUCAGAGAUUUUCACCUCGAUCACUGGGUACGAGUAUGCAUUCACCAAGGCGCCGAAGAAUAUGAAGAGCUUAGUGCAAUCUAUUUAUCUCUUCAUGCACGCUUUCUCGUCUGCAAUCCAACAAGGCCUAACUCUUCUAUCUACUGACCCCCUUCUUGUGUGGAACUAUGGUUUCGUCGCUGUACUUUCCUUUAUCGGGGGCAAUCUCUUUUGGAUUACGCAUCACAAGCUGGAUAAGGAAGAGGAUGAGCUCAACAGCCUCGAGGCGUCUUCAUACUUGGGCCGUGGGCCACGCGCUCAGAACAAGAGGAUUAUUGACAUUCCAGGAGCUCACAUAGUAAACAAGACAUGA